UAUUGAGCAAGCAUCGUGAUCCAGAUGACCCAAAUACAUAUAUAAUUAAGCGUGAUGAUUACUUGCCUGGUUAACCAAAUGACACUUUUAGUUGAUUUUUAUGUGAAAAAACAAUAAACUACGUGCACUGAGAAUGAGUAAUGGAAUUCAACAACUAUAUAAGUGUGCUAAUUAUACUUUGGUUGGCCAACACAUUCAUGGGGAGUUGGAGAAAGUCAGGCAUGGAAAUUCAUUAUCAUCAUCAUCGUCUCUUUUGGUAUGUGCUGCUUGUUGUUACCUAUUUUUUCUCUUUCACUGAAAGUUUAAGUCGGAGAGAUUUUCCAGCUGGUUUCAUAUUUGGAGGGGCCUCAAGUGCUUACCAGUAUGAAGGGGCUGCAUAUCAACAUGGAAAAGGACCUAGCAUAUGGGACACUUUCACUAGGGAACAUCCAGAAAAAAUUGCGGACCAUAGCACCGGGGUUAUAGCUCAAAAUUUUUAUUAUCGCUUUGAGGAGGACAUAGCUCAGAUGAAAGAAAUUGGUUUAGACUUCUUUAGGUUCUCCAUCUCAUGGCCCAGAAUACUACCUAAAGGAAAACUCAGUGGGGGAGUGAACCAAGAAGGGGUCACAUUCUACAGUAACCUCAUAAAUGAGCUACUGUCUCAAGGUUUAAAACCGUUUAUAACUUUAUUCCAUUGGGAUGUUCCACAAGCCCUUGAAGAUGAGUAUGGUGGAUUCUUGAGCCAAAACAUAGUGGAUGAUUAUCGCAACUAUGUGGACUUUUGUUUCAAAGAAUUUGGUGAUAGAGUGAAGUAUUGGAUCACAAUUAACGAGCCAAAUAUAUUUACCAUUGGGGGGUACGCAGACGGCACCAUGGCACCUGGUCGAUGUUCAAACUAUAUCGGAAAUUGCACGCAUGGGAACUCCGGAACAGAACCCUAUAUAGUGGCACAUAAUUUUCUUCUUUCUCAUGCAACUGUCGUGAAAUUGUAUAGGGAAAAGUAUCAGGCUUCUCAAAUGGGAGUAAUUGGCAUUACAGUAUCAAGUCGUUGGGUGCUGCCCAAAUACCAAACAGUUGCUAGCACCAAGGCUGCCUUUAGAGGUCUCGAUUUUUUGUUUGGAUGGUUUGUUGAUCCAGUUAUAUUUGGUGACUAUCCUGAGACUAUGCGAGCUUUGGUGGGGACUCGACUGCUCAUAUUUACUGAAUCACAAUCCAAGAUGCUAAAGGGUUCUCUAGAUUUCCUUGGAGUAAAUUACUACACUGCAAGAUAUGCAGAUGACUCUACUUCUUCUAGUAGCGUCAACCUAAGUUACACAACAGAUAGCCACGUAAAUCUGACCACGGAGAAGGAUGGCAUUCUUAUUGGUCAACCAACUGCUGCCGACUGGCUUUUCAUUUAUCCAAGAGGAAUUCGAGAACUUAUGCUAUACAUAAAUAAAAAAUACAACAAUCCGCCUAUUUUCAUUACCGAAAAUGGAGUUGCUGAUAAUGGCUCAUUGCCGAUUCAAGAGGCUCUCAAUGAUAGCUUAAGGAUAAAUUACUACCAUAGUCAUCUAUCAAAUCUCUUGAAGGCUAUAAGGGCUGGGGUUGACGUGAGAGGAUACUUUGCGUGGACAGUUCUUGAUGACUUUGAGUGGAAUUCUGGUUAUACUCUUCGGUUUGGCAUCACUUACAUAGAUUACAAAAAUGUGCUGACAAGAUACAUGAAACGCUCUACUCUAUGGUUCAAAAAAUUUCUCCAAAAGGAAAAUGUCAUCAAAAGCGAACCUUUGUUGUACAUGAGUAGUAAUUGAAUUUUGAGCAACUGUUUUGUUGUAUGUUGAACUAAUUGUUUCGAUGUAUCCUCUAGCAUGCACUUAUUCUGAAAAUCAGUUCUAAAUUUAUAUGUAGUGUAUUACAAUAGGGGUCUCCCAGUUUCUUAAUUUGGGUCUAAAGAUGAUAAGGGACAACCAAUCUGGUAUUAAUUCUUGUUGCCAAAGAUAAGUAAACCUACUUAUCUCAAGCAGAUUUGAAGUCAUUUGAAGAUUGAGUUCUUCAAUCAGCUUCUUGACUGAACAGGAUAUAUAACGAAACUAUUUUGGAUGCAUUCAUCAUUAA